AUGCCAAAAGCUCAAUCGGGUUACAUGAGGAGGUUAAAACGUAUUUUGUUGGACACUGGAGAGAAAGCCAAUGCAGAUUAUAUUUCCUCCCUAACAUCAGUUCUGAAGGAGCACAACACUUCUAUAGACAAGAUAGUGAUAUCACACUGGCAUCAUGACCACAUAGGUGGUGUAGAAGAUGUUGUAGGGUGCCUUCCUGUUAGUGCAGAUGUCCAUAAGUUUCCCAGAGUUGAUCCACCAGAUGACCCUCUGCCCGAGUCUGUUUCACUGAAAGAACUGGUGAACCAAGAGGAAAUUCAGGUCGAAGGAGCCACGUUACGUGUUCAUCACACACCCGGUCACACAACUGAUCAUGUUGUACUUGAACUUGCUGAGGAGAAGGCAGUAUUUAGUGGAGACUGCAUAUUAGGGGAAGGAACAGCAGUAUUUGAAGAUCUUCACAGCUACAUGGGUUCACUUAAGCUCAUACUAGCCCUGACACCAGAAGUUAUAUACCCUGGUCACGGGCCAGUAAUUGAAUCACCCACGGAAAAGAUCCAGAUGUACAUUGAUCAUCGCAACCUGAGAGAGAGCCAGAUUAUCAAAACCCUGAAGGAGAGUGAAAAGAAAUAUUUAACAGCAAUGGAGCUUGUAAAAAUAAUCUAUAAGGAAACUCCAGUACUACUACACCCUGCAGCUGCAGUAAAUGUUGGCCAUCACUUGCAGAAGCUGUUUAAGGAUGGAUUGCUGCAUGGCAGGAAUGACAGCUGGUGCCUCAAGAGCCGCAAAGACCAGUUAUAAGUUUAGAUUCGUUGUUGUUCAUUUGUUGAGAACUUUAUGCUGUUAUAAUUUUUGGGCAUUCUUUUUACUUCUAUUUAAUGCAAAUAAUUUCUGCACAAUUAUCUAAAAUUAAUGUUGACAUUGAGAUGAUUUUAAAUGUCUGAGUUCUUUUUGUACCACUCAUUUUUCUUCUCAAAGAAUAUGACAAAUAAGAUGAUAAAGUCUUACACUAUCAGUAAUACUUAAAUUUAAUAUUUUUUUCUUUUUAAAGAAAGGGGUCAAAUGUUUUAAAUAUAGAAUGAAGUGUGCAUGUAUACAUGUGGGUGUGAUAGAGAGAAAGACAAAGUAAUUAUAAUUUACAGUAAUUGUAAAUAUUUUGUUAAAAAUUGUUUGGGGUUAUAAUUAUAUUUUACUUACUCUAAUAUAUAUAUUUAAUAUGGAAUGUGUUUCCUCUUUUUCCAAUGUGCCAAAUAUAUGAGACAGUGUAUAUGGGAUCAAUGUAAAUUGCACUAAUAAAUCUAAAAAUAUAUUUUCAAAUAAUAAA